AUGGCAGCCGACCCCUACCACCAGAAGCUGAACGUGGUCGCUGACCAUGAGGUCGAUGAGCCAAUGAACGAGACGCGCUUUAGUGCUGCAAGGUUUGCUUCUACACCGGAACUACUGCUCUGCUUGGGGGACCAGAUCUAUAACCGCAAGACACUGUUGAAUCUCUCAAGGUCGAGCAAGCUCUUCUACCAGAUAUUCUCGCGUUACCUCUUUCGAGAACUCGUCUUGAUCCAUCCUGAUGUCAACAAACUGCACAACGGCCUGAAUGGCACCCGGUUUCUCGCAUAUGUCCAAAGCCUAACUAUAUGCGUGCAUACCGGGUGCCGGGUCAAGUCUGGCCGGUACAACGCGUUCCUACAGAGCCUUCUACCUCGAAUGCCCCGGUUGUCGAAGCUGAAGUGGUCCAACUUGAAUAUGACUGCGGCCACUGUGUACUUGGUUCAAAAGUACUGCGUCAAGUUGCAGCGUCUCCAUGUUGAAUACACCGAUAAAGAAUUCGGACCCUUGUGUCUUGAAGACUCCCAACAGCAUCCUCUGAUCUUCUCUCCCGGGGCUCGCUACCAUCAUUCUGCAUUUCAAAACCCAAAGUUUCAGAAUUUCGCCGGCCUCACCGAACUCGUCGUCUUGCGGAUGUUCGACGAUUUACCACGAUGGCGUCACAGCCUGUUGACGGCUAUUCUCAACUGCCCUGGGCUUGAGAAGCUCGGCUUGUCCAUCGCCGGUGACACUGCCAUCCAUGCUCUUCGUCCCCCGCGCUCUUCAAACUCGCCAUCGCUCGACACAUACUGGACAUUUCUCAUGGAUCUCUGCGAUGACUAUGGCAAGACUGGCGCAGGAUUACUGCGCCUAAAGUCAUUGCAUAUCGGCUUGGAGAUAAAAGUACAGGACUUGCUCGCAUUAAAAAAGCUGACGGAUACGGCAUUCCUCCAAGAGCUGUCAAUAACAAACAAGGCUUUCAACAGCUGGACAGCCAACUACCCAAUUGAGCGAGUUCUCAACCAGGCUGACUUUCCAUCUCUUCGCCGCCUUGUCCUAGCUGGACUCAACUCUGCUCUCGUCGACUUCUUCAGAUCUGGGAAAGAGAAAGACUUGGUCCGGAAACUCGCCUUUAUCGUUAGAGAAAACACGCCUCAAACCGUCCACACCGGCCAACUGUUCUGUCCUACCAGCAGCGAGAACAGCUUCCCAGUACAGCUCAGGAUGGCCAGCUUGACAUUCGACCUUUCCGCGUCGAGCGCAGAUGAUACAGGAAAAGUAUGCAAGGACCUUGUCGAAUAUUCUGCGGAAACACUUGAGGGUCUGGCGGUCAAUGUGAAAAUAGGCAUGUGGCUGGGUGGAGGAAAUAUGAGAAGCUUCCAGCGCCAACUCUCGACAGCAGUCUCGAAGCUUCCCAGGCUGACACAGCUAUUUGUCCAUAUGCAAUCGUACUAUUCUCAGUACGAAGGGACGGAUCUCGCUGCCACGACCAUCUUUAGACUGGCCCACGAUGCGCCUCGGAUCCGAUACAUCUAUGGCGGAGGGCAAUUCUGGGAGAUAUCCAAGGGUCCUGAUGGAGCAACUAACCGUUCUAGCCUCGCUCUCAUCGAGGGCGACCAUGAUGCCCCGGCUUCCGUUGCGCCUGAUGCUACUCAGCACACCGGCUGCAACGGCACUGGUGUUGAUAACCCGGGUGACGGCAACGUCGCCGCUGGAACCUCACCUGAUACUGACACUAGCACGGACACCCACGUCCCUAUGCAAGUUGUGGAACUAUAUCUUCCUUAA